UGGAACUCAAAUCCACCAUUCAUGGCGUCCUCUCUAUCUACAACCCUCAAAUUCACCUUACAACAUUUUUCAGUAACUCUUCCACCACUAACAUCAACCACCAGAAGAAAAAUCUCAGUGCGAUGCGGUCCACGAAGCAACCGUGGACCUCUAGUCAAAGGGCGAAUACUAAGCAUCGAAGCAAUCCAAGCGAUUCAAGCUCUAAAACGAGCUCAAAGAACUGACCCUUCCCAAAUCGAAGCUCAAGUCUCAAAAACCCUCAAUCGUCUCAUCAAAACAGAUCUAAUUGCUGCCUACAAAGAACUUCUACGACAAGACCUUUGCGAUUUGGCCCUCAAAGUAUUCCCAGCCGUUCAAUCGGAAUGUGAUGUCCCUGAUUUGGGGCUUUAUGCUGAUAUGGUCUUAGCUUUGACCCGGACGGGUUUUGCUGAACAUAUCGAUGAAUUGAUUUGUGAUUUGGAGAAAGUGGGAACGAUUGAAUGUGAUGAUAAGUCGCUGGUAAGGUUGGUGAGGGCGUUGGUUGAAGGUGAACAGGUUGAAUCUACUGUUAGGGUUUAUGAGUUGAUGAAAAAGAGUGGAUGGGGUUCUAGAUUUGAGAUUGAUGAAUAUGUAGCUAAGGUUUUAAGGAGAGGGUUUAAGAGAUUUGGUAAAGAAGAAAUGGCUGAUGAAGUUGAUCAACAAUUACAGAGAUCGUCGCGAUUAGUUUAGGAGAAACAUUCACAGAUUUUGUUUACUUC